UAAAUACUUUUUCCCCCCACUGUAGGUAGAUUAUAAGUAUUUCUUGGCAGGCUGAGGUUUAGCCGUUUCUCUCUGCCGUCACUAGUUUAGCCGGUCCUCGCUAUUAAUGUGGCUACUGUUUUGUUUGGCAAGCCAGCCCACACUUGUUUGACUGACACUAUAUCUCCGCUAUUUCAGUAAUGGGACUCGUGCUAUUUGAGUAAUUCAGCAUGUAAACUAUAGUGUCAACUACGAAGUUACAUUCAUAUCAGCAGACUAAUUUAGCUAGAUCAAGUGCGUCUCUGAAGAUAGAAUGGGUUCUUCUUAUCAGUGUCGAGCGUUGGUGGUAUAGUGGUGAGCAUAGCUGCCUUCCAAGCAGUUGACCCGGGUUCGAUUCCCGGCCAACGCAGAUAAUUUUGCCUUAGUUCCUUUUUGAUGGAGGCUACAUUUUGGUACCUGCGUCACAGCUAUAAUAAAUAGGCUCGAUACAAAGGAUUACCAAGCAAACGUACCAAUAAUGUCUCUCAAAUACUAGCUCCAAUCUAAAAACAUCUCCAUCAAGCAAUUAAUUGAACAACACCUUGACUGCUCGUGUUGCACCUUUACUUGCCCCGUUUUAUGCUCCCAUUUGAUUGGGCUUGCCUGUACUUAGUUUCAGAUGUUGUAAAAUAGCUCAAUGGAUGUUUUGAUGCUGAUGCUCCGUUGUGCUCCGCCCCCUCUUGAAACUCCGAGCUGACAGAUACAGCUGACUUCCAUCCUGAGUGCUAGGCACACGCUUCCAUCGCAUGAAGUCAAAGAGUCUCCUACGCACCAUGGCAUCGGACGAAUUGGCGAGGAAACUGCAGCCCAGGAUGGCCGCAGAGCAGGUUCCCCUAUUCAACCCGUGUGCACCAGAGGAGACCCCGGUGAAACCGAGCGACCCUGUCCCUGAGCCGCAGGAAAAAGAGGUGGUGGUCGUUGUCAAUGAUGCCACAUCGGAACUCACGGCGAAACUCACCCGGAGACUGGACAUCAACGAUGGGAACGCGGCGCCCAAGCAAGCCAAGGUGUUCAACCCUUACACGGAAUUCAAAGAGUUCUCCCGCAAACAGAUCAAAGACAUGGAGAACAUUUUCAAACGGUAGGCUUUAUUUUUAUUUGAAUAUCAUUCUAAUAUCAUUCUUGUGGCAAUGGUUAUAGCCUAUUUUGUGACUUGACUUGAUAAAGAGGUGUCCUUAGUUAUGUCUGUAGGGGUGGCAGGGGAACAAAGUAACACCGGGUCAGUUGUACUGUAACAGUUUAAUAACUCAAAUUAGAAACAAUUUAGAAAGAUGUUAUAAAAUGUGAUAAUGCCUAAUACGUUUAGUUUAAAUCCAUCAAUUAUUUGUUGUUUUAUUGACACAAAUGUGUAAUUAUACACAUUAUACUAUUUUUUAAAUAAUAGACUUGUGGAACCAUUCUCCAUGUAUCUAAAUAAUAAUUGUUAUUUUAUUUUGUGGGGGGGGGGGGGGGGGGGGGGGGGGUGUUCGUUGUAACACAGUACCUAAAAUCGUAAAUUAGACACAUUCACAUAAUUAUAUAAAAUGUCACUUCUUUAUAUCAAGAUUAGCAGAUAAUACCUUAGAAAAAUUACAAAAAAAGUCAAAUUCAGACUUUUGAAUGCUAAAAAUAUCUUAUAUAAAAUAUCUUAAUUUUGGUUACUCCGUUUUUGGUCAAUAUGACAUGCCUGAAAGAUCAAAUGGAAAUAUUUGUUGUCAAUUUAGUGUAUUAUCAUCGAAAUAUCAGUUUCAAAUCAUAAUCAUCAUUUUUAAAUUGUCCUUCAUUUUUUACCAUUGAAGACAGUGUUACAUUUAACUCCUCAGCCUGUUACAUUUCAUCCCGCCUACUGUGUCAAUUGUAACAUUUGACUCCCGCCACUUUCGGUUGAAUUGUAAAACUGGUAUGUCCUAGAAAUGUAGUUACAGUGUGUAAUGGUAGUUGAGCUAUGCAUGUUGUUUGUAUAAAAAUAUUAUUCAUCUAACAUAAAUAGCCUUUUCAUAAUAAGCAAAAGCCUAAAAGUGUUAUUUUUUGUUCCCUGGACUCCACUAUGCAUGUUUUAAGAGAUGAAGCCUAUAUAUUAUGUCGGAGACAACUACCUGACCACACAAUUGACAAGGUGAACUGAGCUUAGUGACCUCUGUCUACUGCUUGUGGAGUUAAAUUGUUGUGGAACUUCAGACUGAAUGGUAUUCAUCUAGCCUUCAACACUUUCCAUUUCUGUCAUGAAUAAAUAUUAAUAAUUCAUCUCCCAUAUAGCUUACAUGACAAUAAUUAAUCUCUAGGUUGCUAGCCUAGUGUUAUUGUUAUUGUAUAGGGCGAACCCCCCCCCCCCCCCCCUCUUUUCUCUACCUCUCAUUUAAUCCUCUCAUAGACUACGUACUGUACAAACCUGGUGUGUGUGUGUGUGUGUGUGUGUGUGUGUGUGUGUGUGUGUGUGUGUGUGUGUGUGUGUGUGUGUAGCUAGAGCCUGCUUUGUCACUCCGGUCUCUGCAGCACCAACCCUUUAGGAAAUUCAUGGACCCAGCGGGGGGGGGGAUGUGGGGCUAUACUGGGCUUUACUGACAUCCUCUGUACCAGGCCAGAAUAAUGUUUUCUCCUGGGCCAAUGGAACUGUACAGUCCCCCAUUGUGCUACUGUCUUUUUUUCACUGGAGGGACAAGGGCUGCUCUUCUCAAACACUGUGUCCCCAGUGACACCCCCUCUCCUGUGCGACAAUGGCAUCUUUGUGUGUGUGUGUGUGUGUGUGUGUGUGUGUGUGUGUGUGUGUGUGAGGGGUGUCCACUGACGAGAGGAGACCCUACUGUAUACAGUGUUUCUCUGGCGAGGGAGAGAGAGAGGGGAGAUUGAGACUGGACAGCGUCUGUGUGUGAGACUAGUAGUGUCCAGGUACUGUAUUUGCUCAGAGCUAUUGGGGAGACUACUUCAGAGCUAUUCGGGAGACUACUUCAGAGCUAUAGGGGAGCCUACUUCAGAGCUAUAGGGGAGCCUACUUCAGAGCUAUAGGGGAGCCUACUUCAGAGCUAUAGGGGAGACUACUUCAGAGCUAUUGGGGAGACUACUUCAGAGCUAUAGGGGAGACUACUUCAGAGCUAUAGGGGAGCCUACUUCAGAGCUAUAGGGGAGCCUACUUCAGAGCUAUAGGGGAGCCUACUUCAGAGCUAUAGGGGAGACUACUUCAGAGCUAUUGGGGAGACUACUUCAGAGCUAUAGGGGAGCCUACUUCAGAGCUAUAGGGGAGCCUACUUCAGAGCUAUAGGGGAGCCUACUUCAGAGCUAUAGGGGAGCCUACUUCAGAGCUAUAGGGGAGACUACUUCAGAGCUAUAGGGGAGACUACUUCAGAGCUAUAGGGGAGACUACCUCAGAGCUAUAGGGGAGCCUACUUCAGAGCUAUUGGGGAGCCUACUUCAGAGCUAUUGGGGAGACUACUUCAGAGCUAUAGGGGAGACUACUUCAGAGCUAUAGGGGAGACUACUUCAGAGCUAUAGGGGAGACUACUUACAUUUCUGUUGGAGACAUUGAACAUGAGGACAUUUUAAUACUUUUGUUCCAGUUCAUCUGUUCAUCUAAAGCUUUGUAGCUACAGGUGCAUGUGAAAACAGUGUAGAGAAGGAUAAUGAUUGUUGGGUAGAUGCAGUGACACUGCAGUUUUUCCAGGACUAUGUAUUUAAACUUGAGUUUUACAUUUGAGUUUGACCUAAUUUAGCUCUCAGCACAGUUGGAAAGGAAGACUCAGUAAGUAGAGGGGAAAAUGGGUCACAGAGAGAGGGAGAGAGGAGGGGGGCUUGAUAUCACCCUCUUUCCUUAGGAGGACGUUGGGUUGAUAUAGUGAACUUACUUGAACACGCCUCUCAUUGACAAACAUGCACUUAGAUGCACUCAUGAAGAAACAUUUAGUAAACGUGCCCCCCCCCCCCCUCUCUCUCUCUCUCUCUCUCUCUCUCUCUCUCUCUCUCUCUCUCUCUCUCUCUCUCUCUCUCUCACACACACACCCACACACACACUGCCCCAGAUUCUCUUGUGUUGGUUGAAUGUGUCCUCUAUCUCCUUCGCCUCUGUUUUCUUCCAUGAAGACCCCCCCCACCCCUCUCUCUCGCUCUUCAUUCUCUAUCUCUAUGGCUUGCUCUCAAGCUGUCCUGCCCGGGGCAGGUUUUAUCCAUCUCUCCUAUAGCCAUCACUGGGGCACUUCCUAGACAUAUGUCCAGCCCGUGAUAGACACGUGUUGCAGCAUUACCCACCCAGGAUAGACACAUGUUGAGGCAUUACCCAUCCGUGAUAGACACGUGUUGCAGCAUUACCCACCCAGGAUAGACACAUGUUGAGGCAUUAUAGACACGUGUAGCUGCAUUACCCACCCAUGAUAGACACGUGUAGCUGCAUUACCCACCCGUGUCGUAAGUGUCAUAAGUAUAGACUGUCAAAGCUUUCGAGUUUGGUUUCUGUGCAAUGCUCAGACCUUGAUUAUUAAUUAGAUCACAGUGAGUUGAAGUGCUGUAAAACCUCCAUGUCCUUAGUUUAUCCUAUCUUCUCUCUGUAGGCUUUUCAUUGGCUGAAGCGGAGAGGUCAGGUGUGCUGUCUUUGCCUGACUCAUUAUUUUCUGAGUGGACACUGCUUCCUUUAUCUACCCAACCCCUGUUUCAUCUCCCCCUGCUCUCCUUAGCUUUGCAUGCAGGGUACUUGACCCUCUGACCUAGGCACUGGCGGGUAACCUAGAUGUGGGUGAGACACAUGCUCAGCGGGGGCAGUGGCCAGUCUGUCUGUGUCCUAAAGUGUUCUUGGAUGCGGUCGUGGUGGCAGAGCCUAGCUGGGGUGAGGGCCAGGGAGGGGGCACUUUGGAAUGUUCUAAGUGUGGGUAGGCUAGAUUGAGGGCAGGGCUGGGGCCAUUCCAUCCUAAAUUCUGCCCCUUCUCUCACCCCUUUACACUCUGCCUCACCCUAUCAUCUUUUGGUCUAUCCCUCCUCACCCUCUCUCUCUUCCCUGAUCCUGCCCCACUCACUCACCCACUUUCUCUGCAUUCCAGAGGCCUUAACCCGUCCCUGCCUUUUAACUCUGCAUAACUCGAACUCAUCAUCAACACUACACUCUUAGAAAAAAAGGUGCUAUAUAGAACCUAAAAGUGUUAUUCGGCUGUCCCCAUAAGAGAACCCUUUGAAUAACCUUUUUGGUUCCAGGUAGAACCCUUUUGGUUCCAGGUAGUACCCUUUUGAGUUCCAUGUAAAACCCUUUACACAGAGGGUUCUACAUGGAACCCAAAAUAGUUAUACUUGGAACCAAAAAUGGUUCUCCUAUGGGGACAACAGAAUAACCCUUUUGGAACCCUUUUUUCUAAGAGUGUAGUCACAAUUCUGACUUUUGAUUGAGUCACUGAUCUAAAAACAGCCUCUGGUAACGUGUUAGUCACUGUGAUUUCUGAGGGAUGCAUUACAGAUGAGGAUGUAGGCGCUAUCAGCCGGCCCUUAUCUGCUCCAUCUUCACUCAGACACUAGAACGCCCUAUAGCAGCAGGAGUGACCUGAAUUACACUCCUGUUGAGAGAGAGGGAGGGAGAGAGAGAGAGAGAGAGAGAGAUCCAAAAAUACAGUGUCCAUGCCAAAAGCCUUGGUAUCUAUAAUUACCAUACUGCAGGAAGUUAGCUGUGGGACAAUAAGGCCUGACUAUGGGCUGUGGCACCACUCCCUGACAAAGGAAGACAUUCCACAAUACUGUUGUUUUCUUGCAACGUCUCACUUUUGAGUUUUUCGAUAGCCAAACAGCCUUUCAGUCUUAUCUAUUUUACGUCAAAGCUUUCGGCAGACUUUCGGUCGGUAGAUUGUGGUAGAAUGCUGGGGCUGGAAUAGUAGCCCAGAGUAGUAUUUUACUGAUCAUAGUACUCAAGUGCCUCUGACCAGGCAGGUUUUCUGUUCUUUCAGCAUAACAUGUUGUUGUUGUGAGAUACUGACUUACCCCGCUGAGGAGCUGGACUAGGACCUGUCACUAAGCUGUGAAGUGAGUCCUGUACGUACAGGUGACAGUUGCUAAGCUGCUCUGGGGUCAUCAGUUGCUGUGAACAGUUGUCAUACUGGUCAGCUGUGGAGGGCCAAACGGAACCAGCUGUCCUAGAACACAGAUGGCAGGAAAUGUGUUGUGUGUGUGUGUGUGUGUGUGUGUGUGUGUGUGUGUGUGUGUGUGUGUGUGUGUGUUAUGUGUGUGUGUGUAAUGUGUGUGUGUGUGGGUGAGGGGCAUGAAUAUGGUGAAAAGUAAUUCAGCAGGCUUGACAGGGACACAAACAGGAAUGAAGGUAUUGGGUGCGUUACAGUAUUGGGUGGAUGUAGAUUGAUAUUCAACAGGACAAAACGUGUUUCAUUAGUGGUUGUAUUCGUACCAAGGAUUUAUUUUGGGAUGGAUGUUUAGCGUUAGUAAAGCAAUGUUUCCCUUUGAAGUGAUGUGUGUGGGGUGGGGUUCAAAUCAGUGGUCCUUUGUGCUACUGAGAUGAUGAUAUCUUUAGGCUGAAUGUUAGGAAGUUAAUAGUCCUAAAUCAGGUUGUUUUGAAGGGAGGGGGUUUAGUUCCUAAGGCCUUUGAAGAGUUGGACUGAAACAAUGACCUCUCUCUCUCUUUGGUCUCUGGUCUGACCAGAUUACACUCCUACCAUUCAGGUGUUGGCAGAUAGGAGCACUUGUGUGUGUGUGUGUGAGUGUGUGUGUGUCUGUGUGAGAGAGAGUGUGUGUGUUUCCUCACUCACACCCAGAUCCAGUGCCACUCGAACAGCUGUGUGACAGGAUCUAUAAAUACUGUUGUGUCAGAUAGACAGACAGACUCCUUGCAUGCCAUCUCACAAACACACACACACACACACACACACACACACACACACACACACACACACACACACACACACACACACUGCUACUCUAUCUCAAUCUCACUCAGUCAUGUCUCUCUCUGUUUUUCAAUUACUCCCUUGAUCUGUUUAUCUAGGACCCCCAACACCCUUGAUUAAUCUGUUGUGUGUCUGAUGACAAAUUAUUGUGUGGUGUGUUUACUGUGAUUUAUUAGGGAAAGUUGGUGUUUGUGUGUGUCAGUCAAGCGCAGACAGCUGUCAGGGGACUGUCCGGUUAGUGUCAACCACCUGGAUCACUAUUCCCAACAUCAUACCUUUAUCAUAACAUGUCUGUCUCUCCUGUGUGUGUGUGUGUGUGUGUUUAAUGUCAUUGGCAGGCUUAGGACCUGUAUCUCUAUGUCUAGAUGUGGCAGUCUGGUCAGAAUCAGGGUAUAGAUGCCUUUCACCACAUUGGGCCUUUCAGCCAGUCUAGGCUGAACUUAGAAAGGUUUGGCACAUAUCUUACUAGAGCCAUGAGGUUUUGCUGAGCAUUUGACCUGACCAUGAGAAACACCUCUAGUUGUUGGCUAUAUAACUAUCUAUGGCCAUAGCUUUUGACCUUUAUGACAGACUUUAAAUGUUUCCUCUCCUGAUAAUUUAAUGUGAGGUAGUGUAAUGUCUGUGUACCUUCGUCUCUCAAUAGCUAUAUGUAGACACACCUGUAUGUAGAUUUGACAGUGUUAAGGAGGGCUUCAUAGAGUUGUGAUGUUAUAAUGGAAGUUCAUUGAGCUACCCUCCUCUCUCUGUAGUUUUGACGGUGGUAAGGACGGCUUCAUAGACCUGAUGGAGUUGAAGCUGAUGAUGGAGAAGCUGGGAGCGCCUCAGACCCACCUGGGCCUCAAGAACAUGAUCAAGGAGGUGGACGAGGACUUUGAUGGCAAGCUGAGCUACAGAGAGGUGUGUGUACUGUACUGUCUACGUCCAUGUCAAUUUCCCUGUGUGUGUGUGUGUGUGCCUGAGUGAGUCAAUGCCUCACAAGGCCUGUUAAUUACAGUGUGUAUGUUUUAACUGCAGUAACACAUACAGUGCCUUCAGAAACUAUUCACUCUCCUUGACUUUUUCCACAUUUUGUUGUGUUACAACCUGAAUUUAAAAUUGAUUACAUUUAGAUUUUUUUGUCACUGGCCUACACAAAAUACCCGAUAAUGUGAAAGUGGAAUUAUGUUUUUGAAAUGUUUACAAAUGAAUUAAAAAUGAAAAUCUCAAAUGUCUUGAGUCAAUAAGUAUUCAACCCCUUUGUUAUGGCAAGCAUAAAUAAGUUCAGGAGUAAAAAUUUGCUUAAUAAGUCACAUAAUAAGUUGCAUGGACUCACUCUGUGUGUAAUAAUAAUGUUUAACAUGAUUUUUGAAUGACUACCUCAUCUCUGUACCCCACACAUACAAUUAUCUGUAAGGUCCCUCAUUUGAACAGUGAAUUUCAAACACAGAUUCAACCACAAAGACCAGGGAGGUUUUCCAAUGUCUCGCAAAGAAGGGCACCUAUUGGUAGAUGGGUAAAAAAAAAAAAAAGCAGACAUUGAAUAUCCCUUUGAGCAUGAUGAAGUUUUUAAUUACACUUUGGAUGGUGUAUCAAUACACCCAGUCACUGCAAAGGUACAGGCGUCCUUCCUAACUCAGUUGCCGGAGAGGAAGGAUACCACUCAGGGAUUUCACCAUGAGGCCAAUGGUGACUUUAAAACAGUUACAGAGUUGAAUGGCUGUGAUAGGAGAAAACUGAGGAUGUAUCAACAACAUUGUAGUUACUCCACAAUACUAACCUAAUUGACAGAGUGAAAAGAAGGAAGCCUGUACUCAAUAAAAAUAUACCAAAACAGGCAUCCUGUUUGAAACAAGGCACUAAAGUAAUACUGCAAAAAAAUGUGGCAGAACAAUAAACUUUUUGUCCUGAAUACAAAGUGUUAUGUUUGGGGCAAAUACAAUACAACACAUGACUGAGUACCACUCUCCAUAUUUUCAAGUAUAGUGGUGGCUGCAUCAUGUUAUGGGUAUGCCUGUAAUCGUUAAGGACUGGGGAGUUUUUCAGGACAAAAAAUAAAUGGAAUGGAGCUAAGCACAGGCAAAAUCCUAGAGGAAAACCUGGUUCAGUCUGCUUUUCACCAGACACUGGGAGAUUAAUUCACCUUUCAGCGGACAAUAACCUAAAACAUAAGGCCAUAUCUACACUGGAGUUGCUUACCAAGAAGACAGUGAAUGUUCCUGAGUGGCCGAGUUACAGUUUUGACUUAAAUCUACAAGAAAAUCUAUGGCAAGACCUGAAAAUGGUGUCUAGCAAUGAUCAACAACCAAUUUGACAGAGCUUGAAGAAUUUUGGAAAGAAUAAUGUGUUAAUGUUGCACAAUCCAAGUGUGGAAAGCUUUUAAAGACUUACCCAUAAAGACUCACAGCUGUAAUCACUGCCAAAAAACAAAAACAAAGGUGCUUCUACAAAAUAUUGACUCAGGGGUGUGAAUACUGUAAAUGAGAUAUUUCUGCAUUUCAUUUUCAAUAAAUGUGCAAACAUUUCUUAAAACAUGUUUUCACUUUGUCAUUAUGGGGUAUUGUCAAAAUCCAUUUUGAAUUCAGGCUGUAACACAACAAAAUGUGGAGAGAGAGAGAGAGAGAGAGAGAGAGAGAGAGAGAGAGAGGGAGGAAAAGGGCAACCAGUGGAGCACAAACACCAUUGUAAAUACAACCUAUAUUUAUCUGUUUAUUUAUUUUCCCUUUCAUACUUCAACUAUUUGCACAUUGUUACAACAUUGCUAAUAAUAUAACAUUUGAAAUGUCUAUAUUAUUUAACAACUUUUGUGUGUAUAAUGUUUACUGUUAAUUUUUUAAAAAUGUAUUUCCCUUGUUUAUUUCCCUUUUAUUUAUUGUCUAUUUCACUUGCUUUAGCAAUGUAAACAUAUGUUUCCCAUGCCAAUAAAGCCCUUUGAAUUGCAUUGAAUUUAGAGCGAAAGAAGCUGAUUACAACAGGUAGAGCACACUUCUGCAUGACUUAUUUCAUGGGAGGGGGCUGAGGCUAUCUCCCCGUAUCCCUCUUACUCCCCUCCCUCUCUCUUUUUCUCUUUCCUACCCCCUCCCUCGCCCUUGUUACUCCUCUCCCUCUCCCUCCUUAUCUUUCCUACUUCCCUCUCUCUCUCCUUCUCUUUCCUACCCCCUCCCUCGCCCUUCUUACUCCUCUCCCUCUCCCUCCUUAUCUUUCCUACUUCCCUCUCUCCCUCCUUAUCUUUCCUACUUCCCUCUCUCUCUCCUUCUCUUUCCUACCCCCUCCCUCUCCCUUCUCCCUCAUAUUCCCCUCCCUCUCAAUUCAAUUUCAAUUUAAGGGCUUUUAUUGGCAUGGGAAACGUAUGUUAACAUUGCCAAAGCAAGUGAAGUAGAGAGUAAACAAAAGUGAAAUAAUUUUUUUAUAUUAACAGUAAACAUUACACUCAGAAAUUCCAAAAGAAUAAAGACAUUUCAAAUGUCAUAUUAUGUACAGUGGGGAGAACAAGUAUUUGAUACACUGCCGAUUUUGCAGGUUUUCCUACUUACAAAGCAUGUAGAGGUCUGUAAUUUUUAUCAUAGGUACACUUCAACUGUGAGAGACGGAAUCUAAAAUAAAAAUCCAGGAAAUCACAUUGUAUGAUUUUUAAGUAAUUAAUUUGCAUUUUAUUGCAUGACAUAAGUAUUUGAUCACCUACCAACCAGUAAGAAUUCCGGCUCUCACAGACCUGUUCGUUUUUCUUUAAGAAGCCCUCCUGUUCUCCACUCAUUACCUGUAUUAACUGCACCUGUUUGAACUCGUUACCUGUAUAAAAGACACCUGCAAGAUCUCACCUCGUGGGGCUUCAAUGAUCAUGAGGAAGGUGAGGGAUCAGCCCAGAACUACACGGCAGGACCUGGUCAAUGACCUGAAGAGAGCUGGGUCCACAGUCUCAAAGAAAACCAUUAGUAACACACUACGCCGUCAUGGAUUAAAAUCCUGCAGUGCACGCAAGGUCCCCCUGCUCAAGCCAGCGCAUGUCCAGGCCCAUCUGAAGUUUGCCAAUGACCAUCUGGAUGAUCCAGAGGAGGAAUGGGAGAAGGUCAUGUGGUCUGAUGAGACAAAAAUAUAGUUUUUUGGUCUAAACUCCACUCGCCGUGUUUGGAGGAAGAAGAAGGAUGAGUACAACCCCAAGAACACCAUCCCAACCGUGAAGCAUGGAAGUGGAAACAUCAUUCUUUGGGGAUGCUUUUCUGCAAAGGGGACAGGACAACUGCACCAUAUUGAGGGGAGGAUGGAUGGGGCGAGAUCUUGGCCAACAACCUCCUUCCCUCAGUAAGAGCAUUGAAGAUGGGUCGUGGCUGGGUCUUCCAGCAUGAAAACGACCCGAAACACACAGCCAGGGCAACUAAGGAGUGGCUCCAUAAGAAGGAUCUCAAGGUCCUGGAGUGGCCUAGCCAGUCUCCAGACCUGAAUCCAAUAGAAAAUCUUUGGAGGGAGCUUAAAGUCCGUAUUGCCCAGCGACAGCCCCGAAACCUGAAGGAUCUGGAGAAAGUCUGUAUGGAGGAGUGGGCCAAAAUCCCUGCUGCAGUGUGUGCAAACCUGGUCAAGACCUACAGGAAACGUAUGAUCUCUGUAAUUGCAAACAAAGGUUUCUGUACCAAAUAUUAAGUUCUGCUUUUCUGAUGUAUCAAAUACUUAUGUCAUGCAACAAAAUGCAAAUUAAUUACUUACAAAUCAUACAAUGUGAUUUUCAGUGUAUCAAAUACUUGUUCUCCCCACUGUAUGUUUUUGGUUGGAUAGGUUUCUCAAUUUCUUUCUUAGGUUUUUGCAUUCUUCAUCAAACCAUUUGUCACUGUUGUUACUUUUCUUCGGUUUUCUGUUAGAUAUUUUUAGAUUUGAUAGGGAAGCUGAGAGGUUAGUGGAACAUUUUGUCCAGGAAGUUGUCUAAAAGGGAUUGAAUUUGUUGUUGCCUAAUUGUUUUUUGGUAGGUUUCGACACUACUUUCCUUCCAUCUAUAGCAUUUCUUAAUAUUAUUCAGUUCCUUUGGCUUUGACGCCUCAUGAUUGAGUAUUGCUCUGUUCAAGUAGACCAGGGUUCUUCAAUUCCGGUCCUGGAGGGCCGAAACAAUUCUGUUUUUUAUUUCUACCUGGUAGUUAAUUGCACUCACCUGGUGUCCCAGGUCUGAAUUAGCCCCUGAUUAGAAGGAGAGGAUGAAAAACAGAGGUGUUUUGGCCCUCCAGGUCCGGAAUUGAAGAACCCUGAAGUAGACUGUGAUUUUGCUGUGGUCUGAUAGGGGUGUCAGUGGGCUGACUGUGAAUGCUCUGAGAGACUCUGCGUUGAGGUCAGUGAUAAAGUAGUCUACAGUACUACUGCCAAGAGAUGAGCUAUAGGUGUACCUACCAUAGGAGUCCCCUCGAAGCCUACCAUUGACUAUGUACAUACCCAGUGUGCGACAGAGCUGCAGGAGUUGUGACCCGUUAAUGUUGGUUAUGUUGUCGUAGUUGUGCCUAGGGGGGCAUAUUGGGGAGGGAAUGCUGUCACCUCCAGGUAGGUGUUUGUCCCCCUGUGUGCUGAGGGUGUCAGGUUCUUGUCCAGUUCUGGCAUUUAGGUCGCCACAGACUAGUACAUGUCCCUGGGUCUGGAAAUGAUUGAUUUCCCCCUCCAGGAUGGAGAAGCUGUCUUCAUUAAAGUAUGGGGAUUCUAGUGGGGGGAUAUAGGUAGCACACAGGAGGACAUUUUUCUCUGUUGAGAUAAUUUCCUUUUGAAUUUCUAGCCAAAUGUAAAAUGUUCCUGUUUUGAUUAAUUUAAUAGAGUGAGUUAGGUCUGCUCUAUACCAAAUUAGCAUGCCCCCUGAGUCCCUUCCCUGUUUCACACCUGGUAGUUUGGUGGAUGGGACUACCAGCUCUCUUUAACCUAGAGGGCAACCAGUGGGUCCGUCUCCUCUAUACCAUGUUUCUUGUAGGAUGACAAUGUCUUUAUUUCCGAUUUCUUUGGUGAAGUCCAGGUUCCUGCUCUUUAGGCCAAAGGCAGAUGGCCUCAGGCCUUGGAUAUUCCAGGAUGAAAUAGUGAAGGCUUUGUGUUCCAUAAAGUGUCUAAUGUUGUUGGUCGUGUGGUUUGGCCUCAGGCCAGAAAUUGUGAGCAGAGCCUGCUGAGCAUCUGGUACAUGCCAUUGUCUUGGGCUAGUGUAAGAGUGGGGGUUGGGCCUGUUUGCCUGCUCACAGCCUGGGCGUAUGUGUGACUUUCAUGUUGAGGCCCCCUUUAGGGUCCGGGCGAAGGUGGGCACUGCUGCCUUGUAUAGGUGGACCUGGUCGUAAAGGCUGUUCACGUCCAGGGUGGAGUGGUGGGCCAGGUAGACAUUUGGUUUUGAGGCACAGUCACGGGAAAUACUUGCGUUUACCUGCUGUAUGGUAGUAGGGUUGAAAUAUUUUCGUGGUAGCAGGGUUGAGAUAGCCACUUGUGCGUUGGGGAAAGUAGAAUAAGCUUUUUCUAUCACUCCCUUGAGUACUGUGGCCACCCUUUCCUGCUGUGUUCUCAGGUCGUUUGUGCCUGUGUGUAUUAUUAUGUGGCUGGGUGAUCCUAGUUGGUCCUCAGACAGAAGGUCUAGGGCGCGCUGGGUGUUUGGACACCAGAGUUUAGACACUGUGUGUUUGGGGAAAAGUUUAUUUUAUUUUAUGUAUUUCCCGUUUGAGUCCAUAAGGAAUACAAUCUGUGGCUUGUGUAUGUCUUCAGUGGGUGUGGGGGGGUCGUCAUGAGGACUAUCAGGGUGUCUGACAGGGGGGUUGCUCAGAGGUGUUGGGGUCCCCAGGGCUUGGGGUUCUUCAUUUGUUUGUCAGGCUGUGAUGUCGAGGCUAUGGUCAGGGUCUAGGGUGUACUGUUCUGCUGCUGUGUCGAGACUUUGGUCAGAAUCUGAGGUGGGCUGUUCUGCUGGCUUCUCUGCGGGGGUGGCCAGCUCGCUAAUGAGUUGUUCUCUGUCACCCGACAUCGUUCUCACCUUCUCCUCCAGCACUCUGAUCCUCUCCUGUAGUGCUCUGUUCUUCUCCUGCUCCUGCUCUUUCUCCUGUUGAUGUUGUCUCACCACAGUCCAGAGUGCAGAUAAGUCUCUCUCCACCUCCAGCUCUUCAGGUCUAGUUAAGGGGGUGUUGUUGUGCUGAACUGUUGUCUGGGUCUGCGCUGACUGGAGUGUAAUCACCUGCUGUUCCAGCACCACCUGCCUUACCUCCAGCUGGGUGAAUGUAUCCUUCAUUUCAAUGAGGGAGUAGUACUCUGUGCUGGGAAGUUGACUUUCUGCUUGGGGUUGCUCGUCUGUGGGGUUAUUUAUUGAAAAGGUCUGGUCUGACCCGCUCGGGGUGGGGGUAUCUUUCUCAAGGGAGAGCUUCUCCUGCUGAGCUAUUUCUUUGAUUAGGUAAAAGUCCAGCUGGAACUGUUUGGUGUUGCCCUGGACCAAUACUGUUCCAGAUUUAUAGAGAUUUAUAUUAGCUGACUCAGAGUCCUCAUUGUCUAGUAUCCUGAGUUUCCACCCAUCGCUAACACCCCCCCCCCCUCUUAACAGAGGGGUAGUGUGCUAGUAUAGCACUGUGCCAUGCCUGGGGAUGGUCUGUGUGGAAGAUAAGGUUGCUUAUGUUCCAUUUUUAUAAAAGUCAGCAAAAAGUGUCUCCUGAUUUCCCAUAGGGAGCUUCAUUUUGUACUCUUCGUGUCUUAUCAUUCUUUACAUACAGGGGGUACUGUCUUUUAAUUACCUCUGAACAGCGGGAGGGUGCUUCUAAGGCCUUUCCAUUUGGUUGGGGUAGACUGUGCGACUCUCCUGCCAUUGUUGGGCUCAAGGGCUUUGACACCUCUCACUUCACACAUCAGUACUAAUUGAAGUUGUAUCUCUUUGUACUAGCAAGCUUGGUAGCCUUAGCAUUCAGUCCUUAUAAAGUAAAAUAUAUCAUUGUAAUGUAUUUUUCUUCUUGGUUUUUGAAAGUAAAAAAUUGUUUCAGACUAAACAUUACUCACUCAGUUGCAGGUUGGAUGGUGUUUUCAGGUUUCUGUUUGUUUGCCAGAGCAUUUGCUGUAUAGUUUGGGAAUAGUAAUCCUUGGUAGUAGAAAGCCUUCCAGGUAAUUCCGUCCAAAAUCAAGUUGUAGGUUUGGAGUUUUGGUUUGGAAUGAAGGUUAUGUUGUGGAGGGUAGCAUCCUGUAUAUGUCCCUGCCAAAAAAAUCUAAGUUUAUCUAACUCUAAAUCUAUAUUUUUUGUAAAAACAUGCUGGAAAAUGCAGGAGCAAUGUCUUUGAGCUCUCUCUUUCUCUCUUGGGUCUCUCUCUCUGCAUCUUUCCUACCCCCUCUCUCGUUCUCUCUCACACACUCACAGGGUAUAACAGGUGAUAGGGGCAGCUGA